CCUCUGUCUUGGACUCCAAGCAUUUAACUGUAAUUGUAAACGAGAUUUGAUGUCCAUGUCACCGAUGGACAAUAAGAUUUAGAGUCGAACAGGUUCAACUUAACCGCCCUUCCUGUGCUACAACGUUUCGUCGGUCGUAAAAAAGAUGGGGCUUAUCCGGAUAAUUUCGGGGGAGGAGGUCCAGGCGACCAUUCCAGCCGGUUUCGCAAAGCGGCUUCCACUGGUGAAGCGGUUGCUGGAAGGUGACGCCGGGCGCGUACCCGGUGUCGGGCGCAAGCAGGAGCUCAAUUUGGAUAGCUUGGGUCAGUCUUGGGGUUGCUUUUUGUUGGCGCUGAAUAAAAUCUCGCCCAUCCCAUUCCUGACCGGAGCUGAGGAAGACAAGCUUUGUAAGCAGGAGGGGGUGCUGAAUCUGGAUGGACAGGAUCUGAAUUACUUUUGGUUCUCUGAGGAUCCCCAGACCGGAGCACUGUCGACGGUCCCGACUGUCUAUGAGGUGUGCGAGUUCUUCGGCGGAGGCAUGAAAAAAAUCCAGAGAAGUCACGAUCUCCUCUUUGGCACUCGGGACGAGCGUGCCUUGUUUUCUGUCUUACAGGCGAAGGACCGCGAUCAAAUGCAAGCUUUUCACCCGAGCACAGCAGAUUCCGAUGAGAUUCAGCAGUACAACUUCGAGGAUGCGGGGGCUUCCGGGGGUGGAGGCCAUCCGCCGGCAAAGCGGCCGCGGAUCUCGACUGGCGGGACGAGUGGGGGGCAAGAACCCAGUAGUUGUAGUGCCGGCGCGUCGCGGCCAGAUGAAUUUGCUUGCAGUACUAAUGCUCGCUUUGUGAAACACCCUCGGGAGAUAAUCAACAUUCAUCCAGACCCUGUCACCGGGGCCGCGUUGCCUGUUGUGCGCGAUCCUGCUUUCCAAGAUGAUGGGCACGGAUGUUUCCCGCAGGACGUUCGGUUAUUUGCGCCAGCGAAGGGUGCCAAGCAGGUGGCGCACUACGAUAAGCUCGCCUCUUUGAGGGAGGCACGCGAGGCAGCUGGGCCUGCGUUGGCGGCCGAGUUGCUACGAGAUAUGGAAUUUGAUUCAUCCAUGCCGAAAGGCGUGCGGUGGGUCAUGGCAGGCGGUAGCGUAGUAAAGGCUCUAACGCAGCCGCUGGCUAGCUUGGGGGGCAGCGAUUUGGAUCUCUACCUCGUCAUUCCGGAGAAGGGCGUCGAUGGCAAUUAUACGGGAGUAGAGCCUACUAAUCCGACCGAGAUUUGGAGGCGCGCUGUCCUUGCGCUGUAUGCAAACAUUCAGCGAGACGCAUGCAAAUUCAAGGUCGACACCAUACACCGAACUGCGCACGCCGUCACGCUGCACCUAGUGGAGCGGCGCGUAGCGAAAACUUUGAACGUGCAUGAAAAGCGGCUCGCACCAACACACUCGGGUGGCCUCCUUUGGCCUGACGACGAGGAAGAACAAUUGCCUACGACACGAAUUGAUAUUGGCGGUCAGUGGUACUGCGCGCGACAUGAACAUGAUCUGUUGGUGUACCGGGUCCAGCUAAUGUCAACGUACUACCCAAGCGUCUUCGAGAUUCUCCGGAAUUUCGAUUUGCCGUGCUGCCAAGUGGCGUGUGAGGUAAUGCCACAGCAACGUGGGGACGAGCAGCAAGAAAGCUUUUACACGACCGCACGGGGGAAGCUUGCACUGACGACCCGAAGCAAUCUUUUGGCGCAGGAUGACUCCGUCUGCAUUUUGCGUGCCCGAAAGUACUGGCUCCGAGGCUUCGGCUUUGCUAUUCCCACCUGCGGGCCGAGUGUGUCUGCGAAGUUUGACGAGCUGCGGGCUUGGUACAGCGACUACGCAGCCCAGAGCGAGUCUGUGUUUGCGGACACGGCGAAAAAAUACCGUGGUGCGGAGUUGGCGGAAGCCGAUCGAGUAUGCGAUUCGGAAUUCUAUCAGAGAGCCCGUGACGAAACUGACGAAAUGUUCCGAAAAAUCAUAUUGGACGACGCUUUCCAGUACAGCCAACCCAAGACCCCAGGGUUUCGUGAAGCCUAUGCUCUUGCACGAGUUAUUCGGGAAGAUCAACGGGCGUUGCAAGCACAGCUGGCGAAGAUCACUUUUCCGUGCUUCUGGAUUCCCUUGUCAGAGCUCGAGCGGCUGCUUUGCUUCAUGUUUGCGACCGAAGAAGAAAAGCCAACUCGACGUCCCUCUACCGUGGAGGCGGACGCGGAGGGUCUUUCUCUCGACCACUUGCGAUUCGUGAGGGAUUUGCAAGCUCAUUGCUCUACAGAGAGAAAGAUCAAAAAUUCACCUUCGAUGUCCACGUGCUCUCGAGGUGGGCUUAUGGUGCCGCGGCCCCGCAAUUGGCCAAACCAUGAGAAACUCGAGUACUGGCCAGACGUGCCCAAACCAUUGCAAGACCGCUUGGAGAAAAUGUUGAAGGCAAUGGGGCUGAUGAAAAGCAGCGAAGCAGUAAAUACGUUGGCCUCUGAGUCCGAGGUGCGUGGUCCCGCAGGACUUUCCGCGACAGCAAAUGGUAGUCAAGAGAACCUGCGGCAUUUUCCUGACUACGAUACCUCAGUGGCUCCGGAACUUCAGGCCAUGCUUUUUCCUUCAGAUCAUAAGAAAUUGCUGUGCCGCACCUUCGGUCCUGCGGACAGCGGCGGCGGUAUAAGCGUCAAGCGCAUCACUGGCGGCGUCGGUUUCUACAAGCGAGUUUAUGCGAUGUCGCAUAGAGUAGAGCCGUGGCUAUAUUUCACGGAUAACAUUGACCACAUAUUGUACCCAGGACGAGAAAGCAUUCCCCUCGACGGCGAAAAAUACUGGGCCUGCAAACAAAUCAUGAGCCGAGUGCCGAUACCGUCGCACCUGCAGACGCUUCAUGUGUAUAGUCCAGCCGAGGCAGCGAAGGCAUUGUGGAAGGCUGGCGAUUCGCAUGACGCGCCCGGUCAUGCAUAUUGGAUUUCGAUGCGGUCAAAAGUUGGCGCCAAGUGGCACGUGCGACAGGGUAUGCCUCUGGACCUGACUGCGCGGGAGAUACUUGGUUUGGAUUCUUGAGACAUUUCAAGACUUCUUCCUUUUUUCAUCAUCCCUGCUAGCUAACACAUAGUGUGAAAGUUGUAAUAAGCG